AAAAAAAACUUCCCAAAUCCUGUAAAAAGAAACCAGAAGAGGUUAUCUAAGGAAAAAAAUAAUGAAGUAUGAAUACCUGUUUGUUAAUAUAAACAAAUUAAAAAAGAAAAAAAUAUUACCAAAAAACCAACAUGUCUAAGGAGAUCCAGGGAUCAAAAAACUGGCUGCCUAAAAACGAAAUAAUCCAACUAAAUUCCGCGUGCCUAGACUCAUCUAAAAGAAAGCAAACCGAAAUAUUCAAAAAAAGGAUUUCAUGCAACCAAAUACUGAAACACAAUCUGUCUAAAGAGAAGAGAAGCAAGAAGUGUAAUAAAUGUUUGAACGUUUUAUCAAAAUAAUAAUUAAAAUAAAAAAAGUAGAAAAUCUAUGAAAUAAAUCAAAUAAUGUUUAAGAAAAAAGAGUUCUUUAAAAACUUAUGAAAUGUCACGUCCAGAAGCCACCUAAAAAAAAAUAAAAAUAAAACUUUAUAAUGUUACAGAAUUUGAUUUUUUUUAUGGGUACUUUCCAACUCUUUUUUCAAACAAAAUAUGAAAGAAGGAAAGAAAAGAGUACAAGGAACAAAGGGAAAAACAAAGGAAGUGAAAUAGAAAUAAUGGAGGGAAAAAGUGAGUUAAAAAAA